CAGCCACUACCUCACUCACAGGGACAGUCUCGACAGGGUACUUCAGGCCAUCGACCUGCUCGGUUGCAGUGGUCCAAUUCUGUUUCCUCAUCGGUUCCACCGGACAGUCAGCGUGCCAGUCCGACACCUCAAACUGUAAAUCUUAAGUUGCACUGCUUUACCAGGGCGCUCCAACACUUGAACACUCAUGUGUCGCAAGAACUCUCAGUGAUUUUGUGGCGCAGUGAGGUGACUCUUUUUGGACUAAACCGUGGUGACAAGGGCUUAAAUCUUCACUGUGGAUGUGAACUCCAAUCAUGAAGGAGAUAUGUGGCCCUCAACACCCCCCAAAAAGAAACUCGGGAGUAGGCUGCUCGACUCUUCACAGGAGCUGAGAGUGGGCUGAUGCCUGGUCCAACGACCACGUCCAAUUCAGUCCUGGCCACUUGGACCUCCAAAGCGUUCUAUAUUCCACUCUCUUGGGUUCAAGAAGCAAGCCACCUUUUUGGCCACCCUUCAAAGAUUCGAUCUUUCAUCCUCCUGACACACACACACACAAGAAUUAAAAAAACAUCAACUUCCCAUGGGAGGUUACAUCUAUUCAGAUCUAUUCAGAGCUUCAGACCGACCUCACCAACCGUCCAGGAGCCACCACUGGAACUCUUCGACGCCCGGCUGUCGUGUCCCAGGUGUUCAAACCUCGGGGCCAACUACGCGGUAUUGCGUGAUGGUUGGGCAUUGCCAAGGGCCGGAGGCAACAUGGGCCACAUGCGCAAAGACACAGGCAAGUGCAUCCUGGCAGAAUGCCCCAAGUGCAGUGAGCGUUGGCAACAGGAUGGAGUGGUUUGAGCCGCAGAAAGGAA